CGCAGGGAUUGCGUAAUCUGUGCUCUCGCUUCCUCGUGUUUAUUACUUCGCCUCCUUUGACCUGAAUUUCCUGAAGCAAUUUUUCGGCCCCGUUUCUGGACUAAAAAGCAAGACUGCGCCUCCUUGCUAGCCGUUUAACCCCUUUUGACAGAUGAUUCGUCAUUUAAUUCAGGAGAGUGUCUCAAUCGAUACGAAGAGUGGUUUCCCGCUCAAGUUAUUGCGUGUACGUUUUAUAAAACUCAUGAGAGCAUUUUUGGACUUGAUAACAGACUUGGCUAUUCGAUCUUGCUACGUUGAUGAAAAAGAUAAGCCGUGGAGUUGAAUCUCUCCGUCUGCGCUAGCAUUAAAGUUUAUUCCCCGCUGGUCGAUCAUUGGGCGAGAUGAGAGCGUCAUUGGCCAAAACGGUCGCUGUCACUUCGGCCUUGGCAGCUGUUGUUCAUGGCAUUGAUGUAUCAUGGGACGACGACAAAUCUAUCAAACAAGCUGCUAGUACUGUUGCGUAUGGCUUGGUGAAAUACUACACUGGUAACAACACUGGUGAUACACCAGGCAACCUGCCAGAUCCAUAUUAUUGGUGGACGGCAGGGGGUAUGUUUGGUACAUUAAUCGACUACUGGUGGCUUACUGGCGAUGAGAGCUACAACAAGAUUACUACACAGGCCAUGCUGCAUCAGGUCGGAACAAAUGACGACUAUAUGCCCGAUAACCAGACUAUGACAGAAGGCAACGACGAUCAAGGAUUCUGGGCAGUCGCUGCUAUGUCGGCAGCUGAACAUAAAUAUCCUGACCCGCCUGCAGACCAACCGCAAUGGCUAGCACUAGUUCAGGCUGUUUUCAACGAAUAUGUUAGCCGUUGGGAUACACAGCAUUGCGACGGCGGAAUGAGAUGGCAAAUCUUCACAUGGAAUGCCGGAUACGAUUACAAAAAUUCCAUUUCGAACGGUUGCUUCUUCAACAUAGCUGCUCGCCUCGCUCGCUACACUGGCAAUACCACUUACGGGGACUGGGCCGAGAAGGUUUGGGACUGGGAAACAAAGAUCGGGCUCAUCAACAGCGAUUACCAGGUCCGAGAUGGUGUCCAUUUCGAAGGAAAAUGCCCCAGCUCCAUGGAUACCAACCAAUGGACCUACAACAGCGGUGUUUACCUUUACGGAGCUGCUGCCAUGUACAACAUCACCGGAAAAGCUUCAUGGAAAACCCGAGUAGAUGGUCUGCUGGAGGACAUAAAGACUGUGUUUGUGAAGAAUGGCGUUAUUUAUGAACAGUUCUGCGAGGAACACAAGCUUUGUAACCUCGACCAACAGACCUUCAAAGGCUAUCUAGCCCGUUGGAUGGCAGCUACCGCAUUAGUAGCUCCACAUACAUCCGAAUACAUCACAGCGACGCUGCUAUCGACGGCAAAAAAGGCCGCCGUCUCAUGUUCAGGAUCACCAUCUUCAGGAUUCGCAGGCCAGGCUGGCACGGCUUGCGGCUUCACAUGGUUGACCAACGGGUUCGAUGGGAUCGUUGGGGUUGGACCGCAGAUGAGUUCUCUGCAAUCCAUCAUGUACACCCUCGCCCCGGCGGCGAAAGCACCAGUGACUACGAAGACUGGAGGAACGUCAAAAGGAAACCCGGGUGGCGGCCAGACAAACAUGGAUGUCGACGUGUCAAAACCGAAAUAUGCAAAGAUCACAACGAUGGACAAGGUAGGGGCGGGCGCCAUAACAUGUAUGAUUUUAGCUUGCGUUAUUGGGGGUUCUGUUUUUGCUACUAUCUAAGUAUCGUUUAUCAAAUCAAGUUUAGCCUCUUCCUUUAUUAAGAUUGAAUAGCCUCUAGUUCUCCAUCGUGGCUCGCGUAGAACUGGGAAGGCAGUCAUUGCCACGCACCAUGUUAAGCUGCCAACUGCUAGAAAAACUCUGCUACGACCCUUGUCUGUAAAACACACUCAAAAAGGUCGGCAUACACGUUCAGAUCGCCUCGAUUUAACCGUUCGGUUUUCAUCCACUCCUGUGUGUCGACGACAGUUCGAGAGUCUCAAAUGCCACCGAUCGGCCAUGCCACCACUUGACCUUAGCGGACGGAUAGUCAGCACCAGGACCUUUCAGUACCUGUCCAGGGUGUACCACGUUCAGCAAGACCAAAGCGAUGAGCAUCGGCAAUGCAUCAAGGUAGAGCUGGAACUCCUCAUGUCGAAGGACCACAUUGUUGCUAUUUGCACCACCACCGAAUUCGACGAGACGAAAGAUAACUCGCACCUGGUGACAUCAAGUUAGUUAUGGCAUGCAAACCUGUCGUAUGGGAUACUUACCACGAUGAGGAUAAGGACGAUGUAGACAACCCAGCAGAGAGGCUUCAACCAAGGGCUCCGAUUCUCUUGCUUCCCUAUCCGAGCAUUAAGAGAAAGCUCACGAUAGAAGAGGCCGUGAAUGACAAGGAAGACGACGACGCAGCCAAGCUGGAUGCCAAUACCGGCCAUAUAAAUAUGUUGCCCUAACUUCGAUGUAUCUGCAUUGUUCGAGGCUAGCAUACCUCCACCAGCAGCCUGUAUGAUGAAGCACAUGACAUCGAAGAUGACGAAGAUCUUGGCAAGCCAUUGUGCUGAGAUGCCGGCUACGCGGCGAUGCGGGAUAACGAAAUGGACAAGACGGGCGACGAUCAUGUAUAUGAAUGCAUUGAUCCCUGAACACAAAUAUCAGCUGAGUACCGCACGCGGAAGAUGGAGUCCUCACAGAUCGGGGCCAGUAGAAAUAGAAGAGUCGAGACGGUGACGUAGGCCGCGUGCUGCUGGUCCCUUGCACCUAGGGCGCGAACGAUGAAGCAGAUGCACUCCCAAGAUGCUCCCAUGACGAUGACCCAACAGAAUUUCUGGCCAUGUCAGUCUGCUAUUCCUCCAACGCAUAAGCUGGAAAGUACCUGUUUGAGGAUGAUUGCCUGAGCCAAGUGAGCCACGGUGGACAAGCCAAAGGCAACCGCAAAGGCUGUAUUGUCUUCCCAGUUUGGGUAGAAUCCAUAGUUGGCGUUACAAGAGUCCGGAGGGACAUAUCCGUACUUGUCUGGCACUGCAGUUGUGCACGAGUGCGUCGCUGAUGAAGUAGUUGAAGUCGCACGGGCGAGUAGAGUGAGAGUCGGUAUCAUGGUAGACAUAGUUGGUAUAGAAUUCAUGGGAGAUGGUUAGUAUCGAUAUUUGAAUGAUUGAUAUCGAGAAUAAAGUAAAUAAGGCUGGCCCUGC